GCUUUUUGCCUUUUUUUCGCCUGGUUGAAGUCGAGCCUGCCUCGGAAAAAACGAGUGGGCUGAAAGGGCGCGGUUCCAGAGAAUAAAAGUUGGAUUUCGACGAGCCCCUCUAUCACAACUCGUUUCUCUCCGCGAUCGAUCAAUCGGACUUCGACAAGAAGAAUCGGUUAGUCAUCUCUGCCGAUCACUCCCACCGCCCGCAUACCUGGAUACUUUGGAACGUGUUUUUGCGAUCCCGGGAGCACCAGUAAUAGAAGCACAGCACCGGUCCAUCCAAUUCAUUUCAUUUCAUUUCGUUCCGUUUCUUUCCAUCAUGAAGUUCUCUUCCCUGGCCAUAGCUGUGGUCCUGGCCGUAACCACGAGCCAGCUACAGAGCACCGAGGCCUUCACCAGUGUCCUGAAUCCCCAAGCGCACGGAACCUCCUCGCUCCUCAAGGCGUCGACACAGGAGCGCGACGCCGAAAACUUCCAGCGACGGCUCCUGGCGACGCGGCUGAAACAAAACAGCAGCGGGGAAAACGUGCGAAGCGACGGCAGCGACGACAAGAAGAACGACGGAGUCCUCCUGGAGGACGCCGACGGACUCGGUGUCGCCAGCGAAAGCACCGCUUCUGCCGCCCAGGAACCGGCUCCCGUCGAGGCCGAGGACGAAUCCACCGCCGAGUCGGUCGUCCUUCUCAACGGGUCCGUCGCAGACGCGGACGAGGUCGAGAAACUGAUGAGCGACAUCGAGAUCGAAUCCGAAAAGAUCGUCGCCGAAAUCGUGGAGGAAGAAUGCCAGAUCGACGAAGAAACCCUGGGGCCGGUAGACCCCCUCUGCGCCGAUGAGGAACAAGCCGCGGGAUUCCGUGCCGGCCUCAAGAACCGCAUCAGCAACACCCUGCAGUCCCUGCGAGGCAUUUCCAAGGGAGACAAGGCUUUCGACGAGGAAGAAGAGGAAGAAGAAAUCGACGGAGACAUGCUGGAAGAGGGUUGGUUCAAGCGAGGAGAAUCCUCUGCCCUCCGACGAAACGCCGAGGUGUGGAAGUUCGCGCUCAAGUGCGUCUUCCGAUCCCUCAAGCCGCGAUCGAUGAAAAAGAAGGGAGCCUCGGAGGAAGAAAUCAAGCAGGCACAGAUCGAUGCCGCCACCUUUAUUCGCGACGGCCUGCUCAAGCUCGGACCAACCUUUGUCAAGCUCGGACAGGUUGUUUCGACCCGUACCGACGUCUUGCCCAAAACCUUCACGGACGUCCUCAAGACACUCCAGGACGAUGUUCCGCCCUUUUCGGGAGCCCGGGCGAAGGAAAUCAUCGCCAAGGAACUCGGCGCGCCCACGGACGAGAUCUUUACCGACUUUUCCGAAACUCCGCUCAAGGCCGCCAGUCUGGGACAGGUGCACACCGCCUAUUACAAGGGAAAGAAGGUCGCCAUCAAGGUCCAGCGAGCUGGCCUCAAGGAGCUCUUCGACGUCGAUCUGAAAAACCUUCGAAAACUCGCCGUGCUCCUUGACAAGUUUGAUCCAAAGUCCGACGGCGCGGAUCGGGACUGGGUCAGCAUCUACGAAGAGUCGGAACGCCUGUUGUACCUCGAGAUCGAUUACCUCAACGAAGCCGACAACGGGGAAAGAUUCGCCAAGGACUUUAAGAACAUUGACUACGUUCGUGUUCCAGAAUUCUACCGGGACCUUUCGACGCCCCGUGUGCUGACGAUGGAAUUCGUGGAAUCCCUCAAACUGACCGACAUUGAGAAAAUCGAGUCUCUUGGCCUCGAUCGGGAGUUGCUCGCGAAGCGAACCGCCGACGCCUUUCUGCGACAAAUCGUGGAAACGUCUUAUUUCCGUGAGUAAUCGAACGAUUCCUGUUUUGUAGUGUACUUGUAGUUGCCAUUGGUUUCCCGUCGGAACGCUUUUCGUUCGAACCAUCAACGCCAGUAGAAAAAUCUGAUUCUGUUUUUUUUGCUUGUCUUUUGUUUCAAUGCUUGUCGAACUUCCGUGAAACCAAUAGAUUGUGAUCCCCACCCCGGUAACUUGUGCGUUGACGAGAAAGGAAACUUGGUCUACUACGAUUUUGGUAUGAUGGACGAACUCAAACCGAACGUUCGGGAAGGAUUCCGUAAAUUUUGCACGGCACUGUUUGCCGGAGGUCCGAUGGUGAACGAUGCUACUCUGGCCAAAAAUGCCAAGCAAUUGAUCGAUGGUGUAGAAGAAGCCGGUGUUCUCGCGCGUGGAUCCGAUCGGUUGGCGGUCGAAAAGUUGGCGCGUUAUUUCAUGAGGGCGUUCAAAAAUAACCAACUCGGAAAGUCGUCGGGCAAUAUCAAGGAAACCCUCGGUGUGGAUCUUCAGACCUUGACCGAAAACGAUUCCUUCCGAUUCCCCAGUACAUUCACGUUCAUUUUCCGAGCCUUCGCUUCCGUGGAAGGUAUCGGAAAAGGACUCGACGAGAAGUAUGACAUUGGUAAAUUGGCCCAGCCCUUCAUUGAAAAGUUCACCGAAACGCAAAAAGGAUACGAAAACGAAACGCAAAAGCAAUUCUCCAUCUUCCAGAAGGCUACCGGUCUCAACACAAAGGACAUCGAAACUGCUGUUACGUCACCGAAAAAGGUUGCAUACAUCGAAGAAACACUCCGGUCUAUGGAGGAGGGCACGCUCAAGAUUCGGGUCCGAUCGCUAGAAAACGAGAAGGCACUGGAGCGCAUGGCCCUAACACAAGAACGAACCGAAAACGUGUUGCUUGCUACAAUGCUUUUGAACGUGGCUGGAUUUGCGUCAAAACAACUAGUGUCCGGAGCCGGAUACGCCGGUUUUGCCUUCUUUUUGUUCCAGGCCUUCAUGGCAAACACCAAGGUCAAAAAGUUUGACAAGACGCAAGCGAAAUUUGUGCAAACGAAAUUUAAUGGCGAGGAAGAAUAAGCUUGUUUUUUUGUCUCUCUCCUGGAUGAUCACUUGUGACGACUACGGUCCGAUAUUAUAUUAUACCAGAACACUGUAAAGUAGUAUAAACGUUGCUCCUUGAUAAAACAAUGCGUGAAGU